AUUAUUAUGAGCAAAGGGCCACUGUAUUAGAUUUCGAACCAUAAUAUCGAUCUACAUCAUCAUAGUAGUAAUACAUAAAUGUACACAUCGACGUGUAACACGAAAAUACACCAACCCCCUCCCCCCUUUUUUGUAUGUAUAAUACAGUCUUGUUCUUCUUGAUUAUUCAUUCAUUCCCACUUUCCCUCCCUUUUUGAAUAUAAAAAACAUAUGCAUGACUUUUUUGUAAAAGAUCCUUACUUCACACAAAGGAACUCUCAUCAUUCUCCUCACCACUCCAAUUCUCUCUCUCUCUCUCACUAAAGAUCCCGGACUCGGAGUUUGCCUGCAGCCGAUCGAGUUUGAUGAAUGGAGAUGAAGAUGUUGCUAGCUCACCUCGCUCUCCUCCUACUCUCCACCGCCGCCGUCUCUUCUUCGCAGCGAAGAUCAUCAACAUCAACACCAUCAUCACAGACCGAUAAACUCGCCCUCCUCUCCUUCAAGAAGAUGAUCCAGCAAGAUCCCGACGGCACUCUCUCCGACUGGCAGCGCAACACCGACCCAUGCACGUUUCACGGCGUCACCUGCAACGAUCAACGCCGUGUCACCGCCCUCGAUCUCGCCCAAUCCAACCUCGUCGGCCAAAUCUCCUUCUCCCCAUUUUCCUCACUAGACAUGCUCGUCUCCCUCAACCUCUCCGCCAACUCCUUCGCCAUCAAUGCCAACUCUUCUCUCCUGCAAAUCCCCUACGCCGUUAAGGAGCUCGAGCUCUCCUUCUCCGGCGUCAUCGGCCACAUACCGGAGAAGAUGUUCGCCAACUGCCCCAACCUCGAGUACGUCAAUCUAGCCUUCAACAACAUCACCGGAUUCCUGCCUGAGAAUCUCUUCCUUGACAUCGACAAGCUUAAAUAUCUCGACCUCUCCUACAACAACAUCUCCGGCAUGAUAUCCGACUUGAAGAUCGAGAGGUGCGGCUCUCUGUCUCAUCUCGAUUGGUCGGGAAAUCAGAUUGCGGGAUCACUACCUCCGUCCUUCUCCAACUGCACCAGCCUAGUGGAGCUGAUUAUGCCGGAGAAUUUCCUCUCCGGCCAAAUCCCCUCCGCUUUCGGCGCGCUGAAAAGCCUGCAAACCCUAGACCUCUCCCACAACCACCUCACCGGCUGGAUCCCGCCGGAGCUCGGCAACACGUGUGCCUCCCUCGUCGACCUCAAGCUCUCGAAGAACAACAUCACCGGAUCGAUCCCCGCCACCUUUGCGUCAUGCUCGUCUCUGCAGACGCUCGAUCUCUCCAACAACAACUUGACGGGACCUUUCCCGGAUUCCAUUCUCGAAAAGUUGUCGUCUCUGGAGACCCUCCUGCUCAGCGGCAACUGGAUUUCCGGCGAAUUUCCGGCGUCCAUUUCCUUCUGCAAGAACCUGAGGGUGGCGGACUUCAGCUCCAACAGAUUGUCCGGGAACAUUCCCCCGGACAUAUGCCCCGGCGCCGCCUCGCUGGAGGAGCUCAGGGCGCCGGACAAUCUCCUCUAUGGCCCGAUCCCGACUCAACUGUCUCUCUGCUCACAGCUGAAGAUCAUCGACUUCAGCAUCAAUUACAUCAACGGAUCCAUUCCCAAGGAAUUAGGAAAUCUCGAGAAUCUGGAGCAGCUCAUUGCCUGGUACAACGGUUUGGAAGGGAGCAUACCGCCGGAGCUGGGGAACUGCAAGAAGCUGAAGAAUCUGAUAUUAAAUAACAAUCAUUUAAGCGGCACAAUCCCGACGGAACUAUUCAAUUGCGCUAACAUAGAAUGGAUUUCCCUCACCAGCAACGCCCUCACCGGCGAAAUCCCCAAAGAAUUCGGGGUUUUAACACGGCUGGCGGUUUUGCAGCUCGCGAGCAACAGUUUAAGUGGGCAGAUUCCCAAGGAGUUAGCCAAUUGCACCAGUUUGGUAUGGUUAGACCUCAACAGCAACCAGUUGAGCGGCGAGAUCCCGCCGCGGCUGGGGCGGCAGCUCGGGGCGAAGGCGCUCACCGGAAUUUUAUCAGGAAACACAUUAGUCUUCGUCCGAAAUGUGGGGAACUCGUGCAGGGGAGUCGGGGGCCUUCUGGAAUUCGCCGGCAUUCGCCCCGAGAGGCUGCUGCAGGUGCCGUCGCUCAGGAGCUGCGAUUUCACCAGGCUCUAUUCCGGCCCUGUUUUGAGUCUUUUCACGCGGUAUCAGACGCUCGAGUACCUCGAUCUCUCUUAUAAUCAGCUCCGCGGCAAAAUCCCGGAUGCGUUUGGUGAGAUGAUAGCUCUGCAGGUUCUGGUUAUAUCGCAUAACCAGUUAUCCGGCGAGAUUCCGGCGACGCUAGGGCAGCUAAAGGAUAUCGGAGUGUUCGACGCGUCGCACAACAGACUGCAGGGGCAUAUUCCCGAGUCCUUCUCCAUGCUGUCGUUCCUGGUGCAGAUUGAUCUGUCGUAUAACGAGCUCACCGGCCAGAUUCCGCAGAGGGGCCAGCUGAGCACUCUUCCGGCGAGCCAGUACGCGAAUAACCCCGGCCUCUGCGGCGUUCCGUUGCCGGAAUGCCAGUACAGCCAGGCUUCCUCCAAUCCUGAUGAUGAGCAAGGGGGAAGAAGUAGCGGGAGGAGUGCCACGUGGGCUAACAGCAUCGUGAUGGGGAUACUCAUAUCCGUCGCCGCCGUAUGCAUCCUGAUCGUGUGGGCCAUCGCGGUGCGCGCGCGGCGGAGGGAGGCGGAGGGGGUUAAGAUGCUGAGCAGCCUGCAGGCCUCCCACGCCGCCACCACGUGGAAGAUCGACAAGGAGAGGGAGCCACUCAGCAUCAACGUCGCCACCUUCCAGCGCCAGCUGAGGAAGCUCAAAUUCUCGCAGCUCAUCGAGGCCACCAACGGGUUCUCCGCCGCCAGCAUGAUCGGCUCCGGCGGGUUCGGGGAGGUCUUCAAGGCCACGCUCAAGGACGGGUCGAGCGUGGCCAUAAAGAAACUCAUACGCCUAAGCUGCCAAGGCGACAGAGAGUUCAUGGCAGAGAUGGAGACGCUGGGGAAGAUCAAGCACAAGAAUCUGGUGCCAUUACUAGGCUACUGCAAGAUCGGGGAGGAAAGGCUGCUAGUGUACGAGUUCAUGGCAUACGGCAGCCUGGAGGAGAUGCUCCACGGGAAGGCGAGGGGGGGCAGGGUGCUCCGGUGGGGGGAGCGGAAGAAGAUCGCGCGGGGGGCCGGGAAGGGGCUCUGCUUCCUCCACCACAACUGCAUCCCGCACAUCAUCCACCGGGACAUGAAGUCGAGCAACGUGCUGCUGGACAACGACAUGGAGGCGCGGGUGUCGGACUUCGGGAUGGCGAGGCUGAUCAGCGCGCUGGACACGCACCUGAGCGUGAGCACGCUGGCGGGGACGCCCGGGUACGUGCCGCCCGAGUACUACCAGAGCUUCCGGUGCACGUCGAGGGGGGACGUGUACUCGUUCGGGGUGAUCCUGCUGGAGCUGCUCACGGGGAAGAGGCCCACGGACAAGGAGGACUUCGGGGACACCAAUCUGGUGGGGUGGGUGAAGGGGAAGGUGAGGGAAGGGAAGGGGAUGGAGGUCAUCGACGCCCAGCUGCAUGAGGAUGAGGACGAGGACGAGGCCGAGCAGGUGAAGGAGAUGGUUAGGUAUUUGGAGAUCUCGCUGCAGUGCGUCGACGACUUCCCCUCCAAGCGCCCCAAUAUGCUGCAGGUCGUCGCCAUGCUCAGGGACCUUGGAUCCGCCCCCAACAGCGCUUAAUUCAUCACCUCUUUCUCUUUCUCUAUGUUUUUUUUCUUUUUCUUUCUCAUAAUUGUAAUAUCACCUUUUCUGUCAAUCGAGAUAUCAUCAAAUUUGGAACGGCA